AUGCAACUGCGAUUGAUUUUUGAGCUCCUUGUGGUAGCAGUGAUCCUGGCUGAAUUAAGUGAAGCUGCAACCCAAACUUUUCGGGGCAACAGUUGGCUGAGUCCGGAAUUCAUGAUUGUUCGGAAAGUGUACGACGACUGUCAGGAUAAAAAUGAUUUUGUGGCGUGUUUGAAGGAAAAGGCUCUCAUGGCGAUCACAAAGGCUCUGGAACAGGAUUCAAUUCAUAUUGUCGAAGGAUUGGUGUUGGAGAAACAAAAUUCCACGGACAAGGAGAGUAUAAUAGCGCUGGCCGAUGCUAGAACCCUGAAUACUUUGUCCCCGCUGGAUCGAUCACUUUUGGAAAAGACCGAUCAAUUGCUGCGAACACACGUCAUGAAGAUGGACAUGAGUCAAGGUCGAGAAGGCAAUAAUAAGCAUCAUUCGAAGAAGGGCGGUGGACAUGUUAAGUAUGUUGUUGCUGCACUUCUGACAGCUAUGGGCAUUGCUGGUCCAAUUGGUUUGAAGGCUUUGGCUGCGAUCGCCAUCAAGGCAUUGGUGAUCAGUAAAGUUGCUCUGACUAUUGCCAGUAUAAUUGCUCUGAAGAAACUCUUCUCCCAUGAUCAUCAGGAGGAGACAAGCUUCCAAGUUCAUGCCGGAGAACAUAAUCGGCGAAAUGCAUACGUUAUGCGACCAAUGUCAAAACCGACCAAUACUGCGACUGCUCCUGCGGGAGUUGAUCCUUACAGAUAUUACUAUGAAUAUCACUAA